AUGGCGGCAAUGGUGGACACAGCAUUUGGGUGGUUUUCUGCAUUGAAAAAUCAGUCAGGAAUUUCUGUUCUGAAAGAGAUUAUCGUCUGCGUAGCGAUUCUUUUAGUGGUGUUCUGGAAGCGGAAAAAGAACAGGAAACAUCUGCCACCUGGACCGUUUAAUCUACCUGUCGUAGGACAAUUGCCAUUUCUUGGGAAAGAACCAUUUCGAGGACUCCAUAAAUUGACUAAAAAAUAUGGCAGUGUGUUUGGACUAUACCUGGGAAGAAACUACUGUAUCAUCCUCGGCGAUUAUAAGGCGGUAAAGGAAGCAUUUAAUAAAUCGACAACAACUGAUCGUCCAGAAGUUGCCUUUGAUUAUGUACCAGAUGGAGUAGGUUUUUCAAGCGUGAAUGGUCAAGAAUGGGUUGAACAAAGACAGUACUGCGUGAAAGCGAUGAGACGACUUGGUGUUGGAAGAGAUAGUUGGGAAACACAUGUUCAAAUAGAAGUUGAAGAUUUGGUAAGAAAAGUGUCAAUGUACGAUGGGCGUCCAUUCGAUUUCUCCAAACUGCUGACAGCCAGCAUUGCCAAUAACAUCUCCUCAUACGUUUUCGGGAACAGAUUACCGAUGAACAACCAGAACAUAGAAUUUCUCAAUCAGUGUGUGGAUUCGGUUUCCCAGUUUUCUGCUCAAGUCGGCUUACGAAUUUCUUUCCCAUUCCUCAGUGACAUUCUUAUAGCUUUGGGCCUUACCAAGUAUGCUUUGUAUAAAAAGCAUUUGGUGCGGUUCAAUAAAUUCGUUAGGGAACAAGUAGAAAUUCACAAGAAAAACACUGUAGAAGAAAAUCCGGAAAACUUCAUUGAUGGCUAUUUGAUGAAAAUAAGAGAGAAUCAAGAACAAAAGCUUGGAAACUCCUUCAACUAUACAAAUCUGUACGGCAACAUCCAGGCCAUUUUCGUUGGAGCCAGUGACACCACCAAGACUUCGCUGAGCUGGCUGCUCCUUGUCAUGGCCUCAGAUAUAGAACUUCAGAAAAGAGUUCACCAAGAAAUCGAUACUGUCUUAGGAAGAGAAGGGAAAAUCCAGUGGAGUGACCGAUUGUCUUUGCCAUACACGUAUGCUGUCAUCAUGGAAGGUCAGCGAUGGGUGACCAUAGCACCUAUUAAUACCUCUCGAAUUGCUAUGGAAGACAUCAAGAUAUGCGGAUAUGACGUACCUAAGGGAACAAUAAUCUUAGCUAACAAUUGGGGACUUCACAACGACACCAAGUAUUGGAAAGAUCCAGAAAAAUUUCAACCAGAACGCUUUUUGUUGGAAGACGGAAAGAAAGUAAAUUUGAAACCUGAAAGUUACGUGCCUUUUUCGUAUGGUAAACGCAACUGCCCAGGAGAAGUAAUAGCCAUGAUGGAAAUGCUGUUCUAUUUCGUGGCUCUCAUGCAAAAAUUCACAGUUCUUCCUCCUAAAGGUCAAAUUCCAAGAAUGCAAGGGACUUUGGGACUCACGUAUCAUCCCGUUCCUCAAGAACUCCGAUUUGUACGCAGAGAAUAACACUGCCACCAACAAAUUAUUCGUUUAUUUAUGUAGCGUAUGAAUACAGAGCACCAAUUUAAUGCAAAAUAUAUGGUAUGAGAUACGAGAUGACCGAUGUGCAUUUGGAUACGAAAUUUUGCACAUGAAUGUGGGACAUUUAAUCGAUUCGAAGAAUAUGUGGAAUAUUUUUAUUCGAUUGGAGAUAUACUAGAUCCAUUUUUAAUUGUGUCUAUUUUACCUUUACAUGAAGUUACUAUGGAAUACAUUGGUGGAUCCAUCCAAGGAUUUUCUCUGUGUGGAUCUUUAAAUGUAUUUAGUAUGGAAUAUAUCUGUGGAAUUUACUGGAUUCAUUUGAGAUUUAUGUUGUGUGAAUUCUGAAAUCUAUAUAUUACACAAUAUUUUAUUCGAUUCGCCGGAUGUAUCUGAGAUUUAUCUAUGCGUGGAUUUUGAAAUGAAAUAUAUAAUGGAAUAUUUUAAUCCUAUUUACAAAAUCCAUUCAAGAUUUAUCUUUACGUAGAUUCUUAAAUGAAAUUUAUUAUGUAGAAAUAUUAUUUGAUUCACUGGAUUCAUUUCAAAUUUUUAUUUGUGUGGUUCCUAAAUUAAAAUUUACGUUGUUAAAGGUUUAGAAUUCUGUGUUUAUAAGUAUAGUGUGUUAUAAUUAAUUUUAUGCAUGAAUUUCAUAUUAUAUUAUAGAUAUAGUAGCACACAAAUAUUGUAUGACAUUGAUCGAUAUUCGCAAUAUUUUUUUAAUAUUAUGGAAUAUUGUUUAAUAUCAUAUAGUACCGCACAAUAUUGUACAAUAUAGUGUAACAGAUUAUGCUACCUGGGUAUUAAUUCAAUAAACGUUUCGGAUAUGAAGAAAAUUUAUUACUGUUAUCCUAUAAAGAAUUAUUAUCUUUGUGGAACAUAAAUGUAUUAUGCACAGUGUUUUAUAAUCAUUUGGUUCCUCAAAAAAAAAAUUACUAAUGUUGAUACUUAUAAAAUAAUCUCAUAAUAUAAACCUGAUUUUCAAUCUUACUUAGUUAUGUUUCAAAAUUAAGAUAUUUUAUAAGACAAUUCUGAUGAAUUUAUCUAUAUGAUGACACACUAACACUAUAGACCUUAAAGAAAUUCAUAAUGGUUAUAUCAAAAUCGUAUAAAUUAAAGGCAAAUUUUCUUAAAUUAGAGAUAACAAUAAAGAUAACCCUUUCAUAUUUUAAAAUAUUCAGCUUUCAUAACACAAAAAAUUUAACUUCAAAGAAUUCACUAGACUUUGCUACAUACUUAUUUCUUAAGGUUUUAAAAUUUGCUGAAUAACUUUUUGCUUUUAAUUAUUAUUACUUAAUUACUUACUAGUAUUUCAUUUCCAUAUUUUUUCAACUUUCGUUAGCAGCAAAACUUUUAUUCGAAGAAAGAAGGUUGAUGAGAAUUUGUUUCCUUUUCAAAAAGACAUGACGAAUGAAGGGUUUAAGGAACUUUUAUGGAGAAAAUGAUUGGAAACGACAGUGCAAACGGAAAAACUGAUAGAGUGUCAACUAUACAGAAUGUUUCAAAAAUCAUGAGUCAAAUUUUAAGGGUAGAUCAAGCUUACAGUAAGAAAUCAUUUUUUCAAUAGAAUUUGGAGCUGGAAACGAAAUGAGUAUUCUUUCUUAGUAAAUUCAAUAAAAGAAACUACAUAAACACACAUUUAAUGGAAUAAAAAUUUAGAAUAGCUGAACAACUAAUUUGCAAGAAUAAUCACACUUGGAGCGUAUAUCGCUUUAGACAGUAAAAUACUUUGAACAUUUAUUUCAGUUCUGCAAAAGUUUCUUGAUGCUGUAUCUUACUUUUUAUUAAUUUUAUCUGUCAUCCUCGGUAUGAUUUGUAAUUCGUGCAGUUGGGUUGUUGUGCUAUUGUAAAUUUAUACUCCACUAAAUCUAUUUUGCAUGUCUUAUCUUUUACGUAAUUCGAUGAAAAAGGGUGCAAUGAUCUCACCACUUUUUACGUUUCCUACCCCUUGUUCUAAAGCAAAAAUAACUUGUUUCUGUUCCCUUCCAUGUAAACGCUUUUGAAACACCCUGUAUAAUUUCAAGGUCUUUACUUCGAAUUUGGUUCUGACGUGUACCAUUUUGAAUAAAUGGUACCUUGUCAUCGUUAUUGUGGGGACGAUUCUUAAAGAAAGAACAAAUUUUAUUAUCAAAUAGGAUAUUGUUGGAUUAUGUUUUCAAAUGUGAAUGAUUGAAAUAUGAGUCCGUUGUUGUAAAAGUCAAUUUUAUUUUAUUGAAUCCUUGUUAUUAGUUAUGUUUUAGGAUUUGUACCAAUGUAUGCAGUCUCGAUCGUGAUUAUAGAAAAUUGUAUAAUUUUGUAAUUAUUAAAAUAAAAGAUCACAAAAAAUA